AUGGACGAAGUUGAGAAGGAACCCUCGUCGAAGAGCAAAGGAAAGGGCAAAGCAAGCGAACACGAGGAGGCCUAUGACAAUGACAAUCUACCAUGGGUGGAGAAGUACCGUCCAGUGACACUGGAUGACGUUGUAUCCCACAAGGACAUCACGUCAACAAUCGAAAAGUUCAUUGAGAAGAACAGAUUGCCUCACUUACUGUUUUAUGGGCCUCCCGGCACGGGCAAAACGUCAACGAUCCUCGCGGUAGCUCGACGAAUAUAUGGAAAGGACUACCGCAAGCAGAUACUCGAGUUGAAUGCAUCGGAUGAUCGUGGUAUCGAUGUUGUACGAGAGCAAAUUAAGAACUUCGCCGAGACACGUACGCUGUUCCUCAAGGGUUACAAGCUCAUCAUUCUGGACGAGGCGGACAUGAUGACAACAGCAGCACAAGCGGCCCUCCGACGUGUCAUCGAACAAUAUACCAAAAAUGUCCGGUUCUGCAUCAUCUGCAACUACGUCAACAAGAUCAUUCCUGCCAUUCAGAGUCGGUGUACACGUUUCCGCUUUUCACCUCUGCCAAUCACUGAAGUAGAACGACGACUGAGUGGUGUGAUUGAAGCGGAAGGUGUCAAACUCACUGAGGACGGCAAGAAAGCAUUGCUCAAGCUGUCGAAAGGAGACAUGCGUAGGGCCUUGAACGUUCUCCAGGCCUGCCAUGCUGCCUACGAUCUCAUCGGGGAAGAUGAAAUUUACAACUGCACUGGUAACCCGCAUCCGACCGACAUUGAGAGCGUGGUGAACUCGAUGCUUUCUGAUGAUUUCACCACGUCCUAUAAAAUGAUAUCUGCCCUCAAGGUCGAAAGGGGCCUUGCAUUGCCGGACCUCAUUAAUGGUGCAUACGAGUAUAUUGAGACUAUCGACUUCAAGCCUCAUGCACGCAUAUAUCUGCUGGACUUUCUGGCCACGACCGAACAUCGACUGUCCUCAGGUGCGAAUGAAAAGAUACAGCUCACGGCACUGCUAGGAGCAUUCAAAAACGCGGUUGAGUUGUCUGCCAAGUCUACCUAG